AUGAAUGGGCUUAGCUGUGAGAGGUAUUCAGUGGCUGUAAGGAAAAUGUAUGGGUAAAUUGACAUCCUCAUUAACAAUGCUGCAGGAAAUUUAUGUCCAGCAUCUGUAUUGUCCUUCAGUGCCUACAAGAUGGUGAUUGAUAUAGACACCCUUAGAACUUUUAGUGUCUUCAAAGUUCUGUAUAAGAAUUGCUUGCUGGAUGAUGGUGGGGUUAUUAACAUCACAAAAACCAUGAGAUACAAGGGGCAGGCUCUUCAGGUGCAUGCCAAGACUGCCAGAGCAGCUGUAGAUGUAAUGUUGACCAAGUACCUGGAAGUGGAGUGGGAGCCCAACAACAUCUGGGUCAAUAACCCAACCCCUAUGCCAGGCACUGAGGAAUAUGGUAGUAGGCCUUUGGUGAGCCCCUGAGUAUCGUAUAUGACUGAAGCAACCAUGGUGGUGGACAGAGGGAGCUGGCUGAUCUUUGCAAAUGACUUCUGUGCACUUUUGGAUCUUCAGGCCAUGGAAGCUAACAAGGAUAAAUGAUGAACAGCUAACUGAUGUAUGUGAUUUUAACAAAUUACUAGGGUCUGGGGACAUCUCCAUGACCAUAGAGCUUGGCAGCAGAGGU